AUGCCUCCAAAAGGGUCAAAGAAAAGAGCUGCUGACCCCGAAGCUUCUACCUCCCAAGCCAAGAGCUCGAAGACCAACGACUCGACUGCUGCAGGAGCUGCCUCGAAUGAAGCUCAAGAAGAACCAAAUGUCCCACAGAACGACUCGACCUCGCAACCUCCUUCCAAUGACGACUCUCAUGAUGAUCACGACGACCACGAGAUGACCGAAGAGAAGAUCAAACAAGACCCUCACACCUACAUCAUGAAUUGCGCCCCUCGUUUCGAGUUCGAAGCUCGCUACAAGAAAGAGCACGGAAGUGACGAAGACUUUGACGAAGAAAAAGCGAGCGAGCUCUGGGCCAACCAACACAAUGAGAGGAAAUGCGCCUGCUUCGACAAGAGCCGCACUGAUGGCUGGUCCAUGAUGCGAAAGGCCUUUGCGAGGAAGAUGGAUGCGGAGACCAUCGAGAUCCCCCAUCGUGAUCCUGACAUGUUCGGCAUGUACGUUUACAAUGACUUUGCUGGCUACGGCUAUCAGGAAGUUGUUGAGAACAAUAUGGCUGAGUUUAACAAGAUCUUGAACAGCAAAGAUGGCAAGACCGAAGAACUCUGGACUAUCAUGGAGUCAAUGGUCUGGUGGAUAGUAGAAGAGCCUCAUGCUCCUUGGCACAUGAUCGACGACGGUGAACGCUCGUGGUUGACUUACAGCCUGCUUGGGUUCAUGUUCCUCACCGCGCUGAACCGCAUCGAUCAAGAAGGCGUACUCAAGCCAGACUCAAAGUACAAGGAUCUCUCUUUGGUGAUAUCACUCUGGGCAAGAGCAGCUGAUGACUUGGGUGGAGAUGUUGAGGACCCUCUUGAUGAUAGUAAGGGCAAGGGUGUUGACUCUGACCUUGGUGAUUAUGCUGGCUUCAACCUUCUCUGGUUCCGCUAUCUCCUUGCUCUUGCAAAGGAGGCCGGCAUCCCCAUCAAAGGUGUCUCAGAUGUUGACGACAAGGUCGAUGAGUGGAACUCGCAGAUUGAGGGUAAAGUCACAUUGCCACCUAAGAAGGCAGAUCGUUUUGGUUGGAAGACAAAGUCGUACGGAAAAGGCGGCAAGAUUGGUGGACAGGCCUUCCAGAUCACAAAAUGGUCUCGCGCAGAGAGAANNAAAAAGCACGCCUUUGACAAGAAAGAUCCCCUUUCGGAUGAACAACUCAAGGCUUUGAAGGAUGGCAUGGUCUUGCAGAUGAUGUGA